UCCUGAAUAGAAGGGAGAGUGAGUCAAUCAUAUGGCGAUACAGUCCCAAGUUUUGUGAUCCUGAAGCCAUCGGAGAGAUAGAGAUCGAGAGAUCUAAUGGCGGCGAUAACAACCGCGGUGAUAGCAAUAGCAGGAAUCAUACUGGGAUGGAUAACGAUAGAGAUGGCUUGUAAGCCUUGUCUUGAGAAAGGCCGUGAAGCCAUCGACAGAUCUCUCAACCCCGAUUACGAUCCCGACGACGAAGACGUCGAUGCAUCUUCCUCCGCCGUCUCUCGCGCUCCUCUCCUCACCAAUCGUCCUCCGGAUGUCCCCGAUCCAUCCGCCGCUGAUCCCUCCACCGCGAUUAAGUCAGUCUGAUCGGUUCGGUCCUUCGAUUCUUUUUUGUUUGGUCUUGUAUUUACCUGAAUUGCUUCCAUCCUUUGUGUAAACAAACCUCUUAAUAAACGAUGUCGUGCUUUGAGCUGCUUC